UCAAAGAGGUUAAGGGGGCUGCUCGUUAGAAAUGGCAGCAAUAAAAGGCCUGGGUAGAAAUAUUCCCUAUCUGAGGCAACAAUUCGCUGCCCUCUUAGGGAACACCAGUACCAGUGUAAAAUUCAUAUGCAUUGUAGUCCUGUUUUCCUAUUGCCUUUCCUUUUCUUCGGAAGCGGUACGUCUUCUGAGCGUGACACCAGGUUACUUACUGCCUCCAGCAUUUUGGAUUUGGACAGGAUUUACCUUCUGCUUCCUCGAGAUACACUUCUGGGAAGUAUGCGUGGACAUAGUCACAGUAGGGCUUUGCGGUAAAUUGAUCGAACCUCUUUGGGGCGCGAUGGAAAUGAUGACUUUCUUCGCGAUUGUUAAUUUUGGCGUCGCCGUGCUGUCAGCCUUAUUUUAUUUGUUUCUCUAUAUGUGUACCAACGAUCCAGACUUGUUGUUCGAUAUACACAUCCAUGGAUUGACUGGAUACAUUGCUGGUGUUGCAGUAGCUGUAAAACAAAUAAUGCCAGAUCAUAUUUUAGUUAAAACACCGAUAGGAAAGUUUACAAACAGAAACAUACCAUUAAUGGUUUGGGUUUUGGGAGUUUUGUUAUGGCUUUUCGGGUUAUUGGAAGGUACUAAUCCAACAAUGUUUCUCAGUGGUUUACUAAUAUCAUGGAUAUACCUUAGAUUUUAUCAGAAACAUAAUAAUGGCACGCGUGGUGACAUGGCAGACAAUUUUACAUUUGCAAGUUUUUUCCCAAAUGUGUUACAACCACCAAUAGCAGUUGUGAGUAAUACAAUUCAUGGUUUCUUUGUACGUAUUGGGAUAUGUAGAAAAGUAGUUAGAAGAUUUGAUAUGUCCAAUGCACCUCCUGGUUUGAUUAUAAACCUUCCUGGUAUUGACCCACAUGACAGUGAAAGAAGAAGGCAAAUAGCAUUAAAAGCCUUAAGUGAGAGAUUAAGUAAGGAUCAUGCAAAACCAUGGCAACAAGAACGUGCUAAAAAACAUUCUCCAGUUCCACCUGCAGUUUCAAUUCCAAUUCCUGAAUCUACUACACCUAAACCACUUGCAUCCCCUCUUAUUCCACAAGUUAGUGUAACCAUACAUAAUCAUGCAUCUACUAAUACGUGAUUACAUCGAACAGACUGAUUUCAAGAAGUAUAUGUAUAAAUAUAUUAAGGAACUUCUCAAGAAAUUGUACUAUAAACCAUAUUAAUAAUACGGCUGUAUUCGAUAAAAUCUUCCUGGAGGAGACGAAAACGUAAGAAAUUAUACAUGAGAUUCUUCAGUAUUGCACAAUUUUUAGUUAAAAUUAUGAAAUGAACAAGUUACACCGAAAAUGCACUCGCCUGUUGAUUAUUGUUGGAUAAGUCCAAAGAACAAAAUAUAAUACUCAAGCGGUGCCUUGGUAUUCAUAGCUUUUAAUCAGUUAUUAUGUCCAUCCUUGAAAAUCAGUCCUUAAAAAUCAGUCCUUAAAAACUUAAACACUGAGUUGGUUUGUUCUUUGGUAUUAUCAAAAAAUAUUAGAUACAUUGGCGAAAUGCAUGCUCGAUGUAAUUACGCGUUGUCUCGUAUACAUAUAUUUUGAAAAAUUACACAUUUCUUACAAGUUUCAAAAUAAAUUACAUAAAUAAAUUUUCAAUCCGUUACUUUGGUAUAUUUGUAUUAUACACAGUUAUAUUUUAAAUAAUUUCUGAAAUCUAUCUCUAUUGGUUAUAAUACCAUAUUAACAAUGGUACAGUCUUUAGAAGAUUCUUGAGCAAAACAAAUGUGACGAAAUUGAUCUUUCUAACUUGUGAUUCUAUUUUCCAACAAAAUCGUUGUCUGCGAUUAAAAAUUAUGAACUAUAUUUACGUAAUUGAGUAUUGUCGACAAGUGAUAAAUAAUUUAAAUGCUUUUAAUAAAAACCCUCAUAGUCCGGUAAUGCUAUAUAAUUGCAGCGGUUUCAUUUUUAAUUUCAGUGAUAACUGGAAGGUAAACACACGUUGUUAAUAAUAAUUAAACAACAGUUUGUCUUCCAGUGUAAUACUACAAGAUAAUUUUAUUAAAGAAAAAGGAUUAGUAGUUAUCUAAUGUUUGAGGGAAUAUUUUAUACCAUUGGGAUUGCAAUUAUACAUUCUGUACAGUGUAAAACAUUAAUAUGUAAUACAUACACACGUUGAAAUCAGAUGAUCGUAAAACACAAAUAUUUUCAACUCACUUCAAAGUCAUGACUUCAAUCCAUCAACAUUUCUUUAGACAAAGAAUAUUUUAUCUUGUAUAUUAUAAGAGAACAAUUUCACAAGAUGUAAGUCAUGUCGUUCUUUAUCUUUCUACAUAUACAUAACUAUUUUUUUAAUGCCAUCAAUAAUUUUUUUUUUUUCCAAAAUUUAUUUACUUACAAAUAAUUAACUGUAAGUAAUUUCUUUCAGUUUGCUUUUAGCAAUAGUCCUAUCCGGUUCUGUACCUAAGUAUGCAAUACACAUAAAUUCAAAUCCAUUCCUCAAAAUUUGAACCAAAUUUUCUUUAUAUUACUAGGUACAUUCAAAGCCUGUUUCAUUAUUCCUUCAGCUUUGUUUAACAUAACACAUAAAUUAUCAAUAUAGAUUUAAUUGUUUUUCAAUUACAGGUAUUUAAUUAGUAUGACACAUUCAUUGUGUAUCUAGAUUAAAGUUCAUCCACAAUGAAUCAUUUUCUUUAUUUAAAGCAAUACAAUAAUUAUUAAUUUGCU